UUCCUAGGGCCCUCAGCCGCCAAGGAGUUGGUGGUGGCCUUCCCUUCCCCCAUCCCCCUCCACACCGAAGUCCAUUAUUCACAUCCUUCUUUAGCAGAUACUAUGAAAAGGUAAAUACUUAGAAAGCUGAGGGGGGGGACAAUAGACACCGGGAGGAUUUCUGGGACCGGGGGUACCAGCAGAUUUAUCUGACUGUUUGGGCUAAUUCCGCUGCUUUACAUCAACCCCACGCCCACAACCGAGUCCCAAGCCUCUCAAGCCUUGCUCCCUACCCACCUUUUCGGAUGGUAAACUACUAUGAGGUGCUCGGCGUACAGUCGAGCGCCUCUCAGGAGGACAUAAAGAAAGCAUAUCGUAAGCUUGCCCUGCGCUGGCACCCAGACAAGAACCCGGACAAUAAGGAGGAGGCAGAGAAAAAGUUCAAGCAGGUGUCUGAAGCCUAUGAAGUUCUCUCCGACUCCAAGAAGAGGUCCAUGUACGACAGGUCAGGGUCAGAUGGCUGGCGGGCUGGCGGCGGCGGGGCGGGAGCCACCUACAACAGCCCCUUCAGCUCUGGCUACACCUUCCGUAAUCCCGAAGACAUCUUCAAGGAGUUUUUCGGUGGUAUGGAUCCAUUUUCUUUUGACUUCUGGGACAACCCUUUCAGCAGUGACCGGGAUCGGGAAAGCAGCAGAGGUCGUGGUUUGCGGGGAGCCUUUUCCGCUGGCUUCGGAGAAUUCCCUGCCUUCAUGGAGGCCUUCUCCUCUUUUGACUCCCUAGGUCAUGGAGGGAGGGCCACCUUUUCCUCCACUUCCUUUGGGGGGUCAGGUUCAGGUAGCUCCGGCUACAAGUCGGUGAUGUCGUCCACGGAGAUGAUCAAUGGGCGGAAGAUCACCACCAAGCGGAUUGUGGAGAAUGGGCAGGAGCGAAUAGAGAUUGAGGAGGAUGGGCAACUGAAGUCAGUGACCAUCAAUGGGAAGGAACAGCUCAAAUGGGUGGACAACAAGUGAGAGCCACUGCUCCUGUCUACCCUUGCCCUGCUGGGAAUUUUGCCCAGUCACACAUUGGGUUCUGGCUUGAUGUCCUCAAGUCUAGGCUACUAAUAAAUGCCACAAGUGAGUUCAUGGAA